CUUGGGGUGAAGUCUCGCGAUAGGAGCUGUUCCCCUUCCUUUCUCUCUCGCGCCGUGGCCCAGCAAGAUGCCUUCCAGACUGAGGAAGACCAGGAAACUGAGGGGUCAUGUCAGCCAUGGCCAUGGCCGUAUUGGUAAACACAGGAAGCAUCCUGGAGGCCGUGGUAAUGCUGGCGGUAUGCACCACCACAGAAUUAAUUUUGACAAAUACCAUCCUGGUUAUUUUGGGAAAGUUGGUAUGAGACAUUACCACUUGAAAAAAAACCAGCACUUCUGUCCUACGGUGAAUUUGGAUAAACUUUGGACACUUGUUAGUGAGCAGACAAGACUCAACUAUGCCAAAAAUCAGGCUGGUUUAGCUCCAGUUAUUGAUGUUGUACGCUCGGGUUAUUACAAGGUCCUGGGCAAGGGGAAGCUGCCCAAACAGCCUGUAAUUGUGAAAGCAAAAUUCUUCAGCAGGAAAGCAGAAGAAAAAAUCAAAGAAGUUGGCGGUGCCUGUGUGCUAGUGGCAUAAAAUAUUUUUGUAUGUAUUCUAGCCUGGAGGCAUGAAUAAAGAGUUGAAAACA